UCCUCGAUCCAAAUCACAGACUCUCUCUCUUCUCUUUCUCCUCUCUCUCUCUCUCUCUCUCUCUCUCUCUUCUCCCCUCUCCGAUUUCUCCUCCCGGCGGAGUCAAAUGCUCCGACCCGAAAUUCAAAUCGCUUCGAGUCCUUGCCGGACUCUGACCGGAAGUAGCCAAAUUUGACUUCGCGGUAACUCGAGUUGAAUUAUGGUCAAUCAAGCUCCAACAAGCUCAGAUAUGGAGGAGAAGCCGUCGUCGAAGAGAGUCAAGUCAGAGGACGACCACGUGGCGAAGGAGGUGAAGACGGAGGAGGACCAUUACGGUAGCAAAAGCUUGGAUACUGCGAAAGCCGAUAAGCUGGUGUGGCUGAUGAAGCUACCGCAGACGGUGGCCAAGUCUUGGAACUCGCACCCUUCCUCCGAUCCUCACCCCUUCGCCAAAGUAGCCCUCUCCCUUGAUCCGCUCGAAACCGAUAAGACCUCCUCUGUGCAGGAUGGAAAUACAAAUGGGGUAAAUGGAAAUAAUGUUGACUGGGAUACUGAAGAUGAGCUUGACGAGAUUGAAAAUUUCACUUUAUCUUCUUCUUCAGCUAAUCUGGGCCCUGGGGAGAGGAGCUCAUCUCUAGGACCUUCCAAUACAAAAGUUUUUGGUCAUUUUGUUAGCAUGGGAUUUUCUCAAAAAAUGGUUGCCAGAGCUAUUCAAGAACAUGCAUAUCCAGGUGAGGAAGACGCCGAUUCAAUUCUGGAAAGCCUCCUCUUACAUGACCACUUCUAUGAUUCGGGUGAUUCCAUUCGAUCAGAUUGUGAAACUGGUACAACAGUACAGCUAGCUAGUUCUUUAUUAACUUGUGUCUAGUAGAAAUUCUUCCUUCAUUAAGCAUUUGGACUUGUUUGCAGAUCUAGAUUAUUAGUAGAUAUGGGUCAUUUUGAACUGAUGUUCAUGAUUAGGUUUGUGUACAUAAGACAAUGGUGGAUUAAUGAAAAUUGCAAUGAAUGAUUUUGG